CCUAUUAUUUUUAUUUUCCAGGACGAACAGCAUUUGUGACUGCAGAUGAAACAGGAAGAAGAUUCUAUCAUUGUGACACAUGUGAUGCAACAAUGAGAAAUAAUCAGCUGUUUUUUGCUCACAUGAAGGAUCACCAUGGACCAGACCCACUGAAGUGUAAAAUUUGCCCACGAAGAUUUUCAACUCUGUAUGACUGGACACUGCACACGAUGUCACAUAGAGGAGAAUUCAAUUACCAGUGUAAUAUAUGCAAAGCAGGGUUGAAAAAUAAAAACACUUUUAGACAACAUAUGUUAAAACAUGAUAAUAGCAAAUUUCACAUAUGUCAUAUUUGCGGCAUGAAAUCAAAGACACGUGAAGGGUUUAGACGACAUGCUUUUACACAUAGAGAAACAAAACCACAUGUGUGUCAGGAAUGUGGAAAAUGUUUUCGUGAUCCUUCUUUUCUAAGACGUCAUCAGAGAGAGCAUCGUCAAUCCCAUAUCUGCGAGUUCUGUGGAAGAAAAUUUGGACGCAAAGACAACUUAUUAGUUCAUGAGAGGAUCCACACUGGAGAAAAGCCAUAUGAGUGCAAAAGUUGUGACAAAAGCUUUGCACAGUUGUCCUCCCUGUGUUCUCAUUCUAAAAUUUGUAGAGGACAAAUGAAAUAAAAAUAUACUUGGUAAGGCCUGAAUAUUGUGGAAGAACAAAGUUGAUUUUAUUUUUGGAGGGGGUUUCAGUGAUUUCCCUAGCAUUAAGGUCAGGGUAAUUUUGCCUUCUGCAUGUGAUCCACAUGCAGGAUCCACACUGGAGAAAAGCCAUAUGAGUGCAAAAGUUGUGACAAAAGCUUUGCACAGUUGUCCUCCCUGUGUUCUCAUUCUAAAAUUUGUAGAGGACAAAUGAAAUAAAAAUAUACUUGGUAGGGCCUGAAUAUUGCAAAAGAACAAAGUUAAUUUAUUUUUAUUUUUGGAGGGGGUUUCAGUGAUCUCCCUAGCAUUAAGGUCAGGGUGCAUGUUCGGAAUUUUGCUGCAACCCUCAAUAGGGUCACAUGUUAUUUUUCAAAUUUGAAUCACUCAUUCCCCACAGUGUCUACAUCUCUCACUUUUGUACAACGAGUGCACUAAUGUACCU